CUCUGCUUACGCCCCGAUGCUCUCCCCACAAUAUCUCUUCGUGUGUUGAAUUAGCUGCUCAGGCUGAUUGUGCACAUUACCAAGGCUACCAUCAUAGCAGCUCACCCUCUGUCUGAUUUAUAGCAUAAAUAUAUAUCUAUAGGCUUAAUUUCGCUACAAAUCAAAGUUCGGGCUCGACGUAAACCAGGACUACAAGCUGAGACAUUGAAAGCAUGCCCAGACCAGAUAGAACUAAGCUUGGCCCAACUGUGCGCAUAACACAUUCAUCGUUGAUCAAUUUUCUUGUGAUAGCUGGAUUUGGGUUGCUAGUGUAUAAGUUCGCACGCACAAGGAUCCUUGAUCUACCGUUAUGGCAAGAGUCACCUGUUGUCGCCUCACGGAAUCUUUUUGAGGAAAAAUGCUUGAAAUUUAGACCGCAAUUGCUCAACAGCAAGUUGGAAGUGAUCGAGUACCUAGAGGCCGGUAACAGAGCUAGCCUCAAACAUCGAGAUCUAACCUGCGGGGGGCCGGCGGAAUCUCAAGCCGUCUCCCAGGACAUCUGUCGCAUAGCCCUGUAUGUGGAAACAUCUGCAAUAUCUGGAAUUCAUCUCGAGGCAUGGAUACCAAGAUCCUGGAACUCACGCUUCCUCGGAAUUGGCAACGGAGGGCUCAAUGGCUGCCUUGAUUAUGCAAGUUUGGUGUACGGUACAUCCCAUGGCUUUGUAGCAUUGGCUUCAAAUAACGGUCACAACGGCACAAAAGGACUACCUUUUUACGACAAUCCUGAGGUGUUGCAUGAUUUUGCAGACCGCGCUAUUCAUGUGUCUGCUCUCGCUGGGAAAGCGAUCACUAGACAAUUUCAUGGGGUCGAAGAUUUCAAUUCUUACUUCCUAGGAUGCUCACAGGGUGGCAGACAAGGAAUCGCUAAUGCAAUGAAAUUUCCCAACGACUACGACGGCGUUGUUGCCGGAGCACCAGCGCUUGAUUUUAACAGCCUGGUCUCAUGGAGAGCUUCUUUUUACCCUCUUACAGGGUCAGAUGAUUCGAGUGAAUUUAUAUCUUCGAAGAAGUGGUCAAACCUCAUUCAUGACGAGGUUCUGCGACAGUGCGAUGACCUUGAUGGCGUAAGAGAUGGAAUCAUUGAAUAUCCAGAUCUUUGCGAUUUCAAACCCGAGGUUCUGCUCUGCAAGCCUGACACACCUGACGUCAACCUGUGUCUAAGCACGGCUCAAGUCAAACAAGUCCAACAGAUAUUCUCACCGUACACACAUUCUGACGGAUCCUUGAUUUAUCCGGGAAUGCAGGUAGGAAGUGAACAGCAGGCAGUUGAUCGCCUCUAUUCUGGAAAACCGUUCACCGAUUCUGAAGAUUGGUUUAAAUAUGUUGUGCACGCCGAUCCCCAAUGGGAUCCAGCCAUGUACACAACAGACGAUGCAAGAAAGGCCCAGAAACUCAAUCCUUUCGAUAUCCGCACUUAUCCAUCUCAUCAUGAUCUCAUUGAAUUUCGAAAGAAAGGUGGCAAGCUCUUGGUGUAUCAUGGUAUGCAAGAUCAACAAAUCACCGGUCAUAACACCGCUCGCUGGUUCGACUACAUGCAGUCGCAAGGAGCGUCAAUGGACGAUCUUGACGAAUGGGCCAGAUAUUUUAGGAUCUCUGGAUUACUACAUUGUUCCGGUGGACCUGGUGCGUGGAUGGUAGGGCAAACCGGAGGCUCUGUUGGGUUUGAGCCAAAAAAGAACGUAUUGGCUGCGAUUGUGUCCUGGGUUGAGGAGGGAGCCGCACCCGAAGAGUUGGAGGGAACGAAGCUAUUCGAAGGGCUUCCAUUCGGAGGCGGUGGAUCUCCAAGGGUGGAGUUCACCCGACGACAUUGCAGAUACCCAAAGCGCAAUCGUUACGUCGGUCCCAGUCUGGAGCGUCGAGCGAGACACAAUAUCCAGAAUAAUGCACCGCGCUCUUCAGUUGCAACAGAGUGGAUUUGCGUCUGACCAAGGAUCAAUCUAAUAUAAGGAUGUUGCUCGCUUGCCAAGCAACGACGUUGGAGUGAAACGAUAUCAUUGGUGCUGCGAUCACGUUGCGUGUGGCUCCUCGGAGCGCACUCUUUUGACUAGCGGUUGGGCCUAAACCAUCGACAGCCUUGUCCAUUUCCAGUGCCUCGCCUAACCCAUUUCGAACGCGAUUGGCUUUAGUCUCUGAAGCCAGGAUAGUACAACCUGUGUCAAAAGCCUAGGCCGUGAAGAUCAUAGGAACUAGUUAGCUCAAGGAUCUGGACCAAAUUAAGUUAUAUCGCUACCAACUGUCGACUAUGCACCGUCAAGCGCGUUUGCCGACCACCGCUCCAGCUGCUCUCAUUACCAGCAGCAUUACAACUACGACGAGAUGGACUUUAGCAAUUCGUUUCUCGCAACAAGAUCAUCGCAGUCAAGGUAAGAAGGAGGUGUCAUUGCAGUCAAGCCUUGCGACAUUUAUCAAGACCACAAUCGCCACUUGUCGAGUGGCACUCCUGGAAUUUGUUCCGAAACGGUAUCGCGCCGGAUGCAGCACCCGAGCCUUGGCAUGCACGGCUUACGUCAAGGCUUGACGGCUUUGAACGAUGAUGGAUGGCAAUAGUUGAUGCUCUUCGUCGGUAUCUACGUCUACAUAUCUUGCUUCUCGCACGAUCCAAACACUCCCUUAUUCUAGCGGAGCAAGUUCGGCAAGGAAGCCAAUUUUCCCACCCCUGCUACAGCGCAGUCGCCGAAUCCGUUUGAAUAGCCCCCAGUUGAAAAUGUAGCACUACAAAAAGCGCUUACAGAAAUAGCGUCAAAGCCAGGAUAUCCC